CCCCUUCGGCCCUUCGGCCCUUCGGCUCGUCGGAGUUCGUCGUUGCUGGGCCUUCCCGGGCCUUCCGCCUGCGCCAAAGCAUAGUUCUCGUUGGUUUAAGUUCCUUUUUUUUUUUUUCCCCAGACACUUCCGGGUCCUGCGUCGCCCCGGAAGCCCGCGAGUUCCGGAAGUCUGGGUACCCAGGUUCGGCUAGGAAAAGCCAAGCUUCCUAGAGAACGUUUCAGAGAGAGUCCCGCGGAGCGGGGCGUGUCGCCGACUCCCAAGAAGGAAGGGAGCGCCUGAGUCAGUGCGGUUGAACAGCCUCUCUGGAUACAGGGAUGAGACGGAACCCGGAGUGAACCAGGGAUGAAUGGGCAGCCGGCACGCAGCGUUGAGCUGUGUGGGUGAUAGAUUACCAAAGGAUUAUGAAUUGUGCUUUGAGAUGGACUAGCCCAUAAUUCUCAUCUCCAGGGAACUUGUUAGAAAUGCAAAUAACUGAGGCACCACAAGCUAACAAGUCCUCCUAGUGAUUCUCACAAACCCUCAAAUUUGAGAACCGCUAAACUAGAACAGAGCCUACAGGGCUGCGAUGUUGAAGAGCACGGCAUAGGAAGAUGGAAAGCCCAAAGAUGCGUGGUCUCAGUGAACAUAACCAAUGAGAUACCACAGUAGCUGAAAUGGUUCCUGGCCAGUAUGAGGCAAGGAUUUCACAGAACUUGCAGCCCAAAUCCCCACUGCUCUCAGCUUAGAAGUCUUAACGGAGCUCCAGGAAGGGGAAACUGCCAUGCUAUUAUUCAGCCUUUUACUUAGCAAUUAUUGCUAAAACCUGUUAUUCCCUUGAUGAGGAGGGCCAAAAGCGAAAAGCAAAAAACAGGAAAGAAAGGAGGGAGGAGGACAUGUGAGGAGAAAGAGAAAGGAGUUCCCACUAAGAGGUGACUGCUCCGUGUGCUGUUUGGACACGAUGGAAAGAGCUCUUUGGAGAAGGCAUGGCUUCCAGAGAAGACAAAGCGCAGAGCACACACAGGGUGCUGAGAAUCAGUCAGCUGGAUGCACUGGAACUGAACAAGGCCCUGGAGCAGCUGGUUUGGUCCCAGGUCACUCAGUGCUUCCAUGGGUUCCAGCCAGGGCUGCUGGCCCGCUUUGAACCUGAGCUGAAAGCCCUCCUGUGGCUGUUCUUGUGGCGAUUCACCGUUUACUCCAAAAACGCCACGGUGGGCCAGUCGGUUUUAAAUAUUCAGUACAAAAACGACUUCUCCACGACCCUGAGAUACCAGCCCCCGAGUAAGAACCAGAAGCUCUGGUACGCUGCCUGCACCAUCGGCGGGAAGUGGUUGGAAGAACGCUGCUACGACCUUUUUCGAAACCAUCACUUAGCCUCGUUUGGGAAAGCCAAACAGUGUCUGAACUUCGUGGUGGGCCUGGUGCAAUUAGGGAGCCUGAUUAACUUCUUGAUUUUCCUCCAAAAGGGCAAGUUUGCCACUUUGACGGAACGCCUGCUAGGCAUCCGCUCUGUGUUCUGCAAGCCCCAGCACGUGCGUGAGGUUGGCUUCGAGUACAUGAACAGGGAGCUUCUGUGGCACGGCUUCGCGGAGUUUCUCAUUUUCCUCUUACCGCUCAUCAACACCCAGAAGUUGAAGGCCAAGUUAUCUUCCUGGUGCAUCCCUCUCGCCGGUGCUCCGAACGGCGACAGCUCCUUGGCCAGCAGCGGCAAGCAGUGUUCUCUGUGCGGGGAGUGGCCCACCAUGCCCCACACGAUCGGCUGUGAGCACAUCUUCUGUUACUACUGCGUGAAGAGCAGCUUCCUGUUCGACAUGUUCUUCACCUGCCCUAAGUGUGGCGCGGAGGUACACAGUGUGCAGCCACUGAAGUCAGGAAUCGAGGUGUCGGAAGUGAAUGCUCUUUAGAAACUAAAAAUGGUUUUCUCUGCAGAAAACUGUCUUGUGUUGAAAACCUUAGGAUUAGUCACCCUGAGCAUACCAUUUAGGUGUCUUUUAUGAGAACAUGUGCUUCUCAGCCACUGUGUUCUGUUCCUUGCCAGACCUGACUAAAAUCUAAUCACUGGGAUCCAUGGGUUUCUGAGUAUAUUCUGUGAAUGGUAAUGUGUUAUUUUCUUUAAUGAUUGCAUUCAGUGUUUAAUGUCAGGAGUAAUGGGCAGCUUUUGUCAGAUGCCUACGAACAAUGCUCCUUCACGUUGUACUUCCUAGAACAAGGUUAGCCUCUGAAAAUAAAAAGUUUUGCAGACUGGG